CCGAGUCGGUCCCCCUUGACGUGUUCUUGCCCGACACGUAUGCGCCCGUCAUGCCUAUUGCAUCAGUCCGCCGCACAUCAAGUGCAUCGGAGACGCUCCCCCCGCCCCGCGCCAACACCCCCCAGACUGACACCCGGCCCACCAAGAUGCCAAUCACUCCGUCACCACGGCUCCGUCAUCAGCGCCGCCCAUCGGCGAUUAUCACCAAGAGACCUGCGCCAACCGUCUCUUUCCCUGCUGGACCCGUCGACGUCGAGCUCCCGGCCGUCGAGGAGGAUCAACACACUGCCGCCAAGGCUCUUAUGGGUCUGUGCUCCAAGGCGUGGGAGAAGGGCCGCAGUCCAACCCUCCCACCCACCCCCACGUCGCCCGUGCAUUGGCGCCUGUUGAAGGGCGACCUCCCUUCGCCAUCGUGGAUCGGCCGUCGUACGCGUCCUCCGGCGGUUGUGCCUCCCCCUGCUGGUUUCCACAGCAGCCCGCGUACCCUCACUUACGACGUCGAUCUGCCCUUCGAGGCUGGUGCCACACCCUCCCUCCCCGUUCCUCAGCAGACGGGUUACCGUGGCCUCGCUGCUUCCUACUUCGAGGGCAGCGUUAUCGAGCGCCGCAACAAGGUUUCAAGUCCGCCGUCGCAGCCGGUAUGCGAUCCGUGGGCUCCUCACUACUCCGCCCGCCGCAACUCAACCAUCUCAUUCUCAUCGGCAUCUUCUAGCGUUCUCCUCACGCCGCCGGCCGAGACUGUGUCGUUCACCGAGCCGUUCGCUCCCUCCACUCUGGAGAAGCUCUCCCUCGGCCCCUCGUUUGAGGAUUCGUACCACCCUCCUUGUCACCCGGCCUACACUACGAGCGCCGCGCAGGCGUACUCGCACGAGUACCGCUAUCAACAGUUUGUGAGCGCGUACAAGCCCCAGCCCUUGCGCAGGUAUCAGCCGGACUACCCCGCGCAGGGUCGCUAGCCCCACGGGCCGCUCGGCCCAUUACCCUCACGUCCUGUACGAAUCACCCACGCACCAACGCACCAACGCAACAUGCAAAGACACGAUCACUAAGCUAUAUGCCAGUCAAGCCCCAUCAGCAACAAUGGCCAGUCAAAAUACCCUGUUACCCCGUCCACUGUCCGCCCAGUUGUACCGGACUCUGCAGCGUCUCAUCACGCUUGCCACCUUCAUGUUUCGCACUUGUAUUGAGUUAUGAAAAUUUCGAUGCCCCUG